CGUCAGAGAUAACCACAACGAGGCUUGCCUAGGCGUGCAAAAUGGACGACGAUUCAGUGCAGCAAGAAUCAAAUGAGUCUUACGGAGACGGGGACAGCAAUCAUCAAGAUAAAAGCGACGAUUACGGUGGCGGUUACGGUGAUUACCAAAAUUAUGGCGAACGGUUUCCAGGCCCAAGGGGCCCUCCUGGCCCUGGCGGCCCACGCGGUGGCCCUUGGAGAGGUCCCAGGCCACCGCCUUUUGGAAGAGGUCCACCACCAAGGUUUAGAGGCCCCCCGCCACCUGGCAUGAGGGGACCGCCUCCUCCAGGAAUGCGAGGUCCCCCUGGGAUGAGGGGACCAGGACCACGAGGUCCCCCGCCACCACACUUUGGGGGCAGGCCACCAUUUGAUCCCAACUAUGGCCCUCCACAUGGGCCCCCUGGCCACGGUCCACCGAUGGGACCAGGUGGUCCCAUGGGUCCACCAGGCAUGCCUCCUCAUGGACCACCUGGAGGUAUGGCUCCACCAAAUAUGGGCCCACCACAAAUGGAUCCAUACCCUAGGCCGCCUGGCACAGGCAUGCCCCCUACCAUCCCUCCACCAAACUUCAGUGUACCACCACCCGGCUUUAUGCCCCCUCCCAUGGGCGGAGGUCUGCCUAACAAUGACCCAGGACUUCAAGAAAUCUGGGUCGAGACAAAAACAGCGGAAGGAAAAACCUACUUCUACAAUGCCAAGACGAGGGAGUCAGCAUGGACAAAGCCAGACAAUGUAAAGAUCAUAACUCAGGCUGAGGUUGAGCAGAUGGCAGUUCAGUCGGCGCAAGUGAAUGCCAUGGCCUCGGGCACUGGCUUCAAUUCCAUGGGACAGACAACACCCCUACAAGCUCACCCCACACCACACUCAGAUAUGCAGCAGCCAGGAGUGCCAGGUAUGCAGCCCAGUGUACCGGGCACCCAGCCUCCCUUCAUACCGCCGGCCAGCUUCCCGGGCAUGCCCACAGGCUUCGCCCCCAACAUGGUUCCCCCGGGCAUGGGUGGCUACCCUGGGGCCAUGCCCACGGGUCCCCUGGGUGGGGCUACCUCACAGGCCGACAAUUCUGUUGUGGCCCAUAAACUUCCAUCUAGUCAGCUGCCACCAAAGCCCCCAGAGGUUGCUGAAUGGACAGAGCACAAGAACACAGACGGUAGGUCCUACUACUACAACUCCAAGUCAAUGGAGUCCACCUGGGAGAAACCGAAAGCCCUUGUCGACUGGGAGGCCAAGAUAACUGCCCUUCAGACCCCUGUUGUCAGUGAGCCGGAACCUGUGAAGGUUAAUGGGGCGGUUGCCAUGGAAACCAACAGCAGCUCAGAGGCUGCCCAGAGCAAGUCAGACAGUGAGGAUGAGGAUGAUGAGCAGGAGGAGGAGAAAGAGGAGAAAACCGAGCAAGAGAAAGCCCAGGAGAAGUCCCGACCAGUAUCUAGCACACCCGUGUCAGGCACACCAUGGUGUGUAGUGUGGACGGGUGAUGGGCGGGUGUUCUUCUAUAACCCCAGCACCCGCACCUCGCUGUGGGAGAGACCUGACGAUCUCAUGGGCAGGGCUGAUGUGGACAAGCUCACAGAGAGGCCUCCGGGCGAGAAAGCCCCUGUUACUGAAACAGCCAAGGAGGAUGGUGAACCAGCUGCCAAGAAGAAAAAGCCCAAUGAGGAGAAAGAGGAGGAGAAGAAGUCUCAGAUAGACAACAGCAAGGAGGCGGCCAUUGAGGCGGAGGUGCAGGCAGCCAGACAGAGGGCCGUAGUGCCACUGGAAAUACGCAUGAAGCAGUUCAGGGACAUGCUGGCUGAGAAAGCCGUGUCAGCAUUUUCCACAUGGGAGAAGGAACUACACAAGAUUGUAUUUGACCCGCGAUAUCUGUUGCUGACAUCCAAAGAAAGGAAGCAGGUGUUUGAGCAGUACGUGAAGGAGCGAGCCGAGGAGGAGAAGCAGGAGAAACACCGGAGACUGAGGGAGAAGAGGAACGCCUUUAAACAGCUGCUGGAGGAGGCCAAACUACAUGGAAAGUCUUCAUUCAGCGACUUUGCGAGCAAGUUCGGGAAAGAGGAGCGUUUUAAGGCGAUCGAGAAGAUGCGGGAGCGCGAGUCGAUCUUCAGCGACUUUGUGUCAGACGUACGGAAGAAGGAGAAGGAGGAGAAAUCACAGCAGAAAGAAAAGUCGAAAUCUGAGUUCAUGAGCCUUCUGAAGGAGACCUCGGACAUUGAGCGCCACUCUCGUUGGAGCGACAUCAAGCGCAAGAUUGACUCUGAUCCUCGUUACAAGGCUGUUGAAAGCAGCUCACGGCGAGAGGAUUGGUUCAAGGACUACGUGAAGACGCUUGAUGAAGAGUCGGACAACGAUGAGGAUCGUAAGACACGGGAGACUCGUGAGAAGCAGGAGCGUGUAGAGGCGAGCAUACGUAAACGGGAGGAGGAGGUGCGAAGCAGCCUGUCCACCAGCCUGCGCGAACGAGAGAAAGAACGAGAACUGCACAAGAAGGACGAGGCUAUACAGCUAUUUAACGCUCUUUUGGUGGACUUGGUACGUAACAGUGAGGCGCUGUGGCGUGACACCCGUAAGCAGCUGCGUAAGGACCACCGCUGGGAGCUGGCGAGCCUGCUGGAACGGGAGGAGAAGGAAACGCUGUUUGAGGAGCACAUAAAGGCACUUGCCAAGAAGAGCAAGGACAUGUUCCACAAGCUGCUAGACGAAACACCUGACUUGACCUUGAGUUCGUCCUGGAAGGAGGUCAAGAAGAUGAUAAAAGAGGACCCGCGCUAUACAAAGUUCUCCUCCAGUGACAGGCGGCGUGAGGCUGAGUUUGAUGAAUACCUGAGAGAGAGGUAUGUGACUGCCAAGUCAGAAUUCAGAGAACUACUUAAAGAAACCAAACUGAUCACAUACAACAGCAGAGGCAAACUGCAAGAGUCAGAUGCCCAUAUGAAUGACAUCAUUAAAAUUCUAGAGAACGACAAACGUUAUCUGACACUGGAGCCUGUAGCAGACGAACGCAGGAAGAUUCUCAUUUCCUACAUUGAUGACCUUGACAAGAAAGGCGUCCCUCCCCCACCCACCGCUACUGAGCCUAGCAGGAGAAACAUCAAGUAGCUAUAGAAACAUAAAGGAGCACAUCAAGUAACCAAAGAGACACCAUUUAAACAUUGCUGACACGUGCAGGCUGAAGAAGGCUAACCAAAGUGUUCAGUGGAUUUGCGUUCCAUGUUAUGGUUGGGCUGUUGUCAUUGAAUGGAAGUGUUUAAUUUUUAAUUGGAUUUUUUUUCAGAAAUAAGCAACCAGAAUUUACCUUUGGUUAUAAUUGUGCUGGUAUUCAUUCCAUGUUCUGGCAAGCAAUGGCUGCUCAGUUUUGUUUUUUCUUUCUUAUAAGAAAUAAAUACCUAAGUUAGUAAAUGUUUGAUGCACUGAAGGUUGAAAGGCAUUUUAUAACAUUUUAUUGGAGCUUGACUCAUGCAAACACAGGUGAAAUUGAAUAAAUCCUGGCCCUGUGUUAAGUAACAACUGAAGUAUGUAUGUUGUUAUGAAGGGGAAGUAACAACUGAAGUAUGUAUGUUGUUAUGAAGGGGAAGUAACAACUGAAGUAUGUAUGUUGUUAUGAAGGGGAAGUAACAACUGAAGUAUGUAUGUUGUUAAGAAGGGGGCAAGGAACAGGUUACUAGAUUUUGUGGUGGUUGCAAAUUGUUCAUUAACAUUUUUCAACUUGAUAGGAAAUGUCUAAGGGUCACAAAAAAGAGUAUGCAUUUUGUGUUUUUAAAAGGGACAAUGUCCAUGUUUCUGAAUGUACUAAAUGUUUUAAGUUAACACAUGUAGCACUCAGUUGUUAUUUGAAAGACAGGCCUAUCAUUGUUUCUGACAUUGAAUGCAUCAAAAUUUGAUCGUAUAAUUGUACAUAAAAUAAGGACAUAAGUACACAAUUGUGAAUUAUCAGAAAUGUGUGUGAACAUUUGUUUGUCAGGUUUUCCUUUGUUUGAUUUUAAUAAUAUUGAAAUAUGUUGUCUUGCAAUUUGGUAUCAUUAAAGUUAUCUGCAUACUGUAAGUUUUACAAGUUUUAAGCUUUUAGCGAGUCUUUGCUGCUUGUUGCAGAUGUCUGUAAAUGGUUGAGCCUCUCUCUGAAUUGUACAACUUGUCUUCAUCUUACAACAUUUCAAUAGUAUGCUCAUUCGGAAAUGUUUUAUCAGUGUGUAAUAUUUUAUUAUUCUUUUGUCAGUAACUGGCACACUCAGCAUUUUUGUAAUCACAAACAGAACAUAGUUUGACAUCAUGUCGGUUGCAUUGUAAAACUUUGAUUGUAUUACUCAUGUUCUAUGUUCAUAUUUACUAACGCAAAUUGAUAAAUCAUGGUAAUGAUUCUCUUAAAUUCUGUCUUGACAUGACUUGUUUAUUGUACACGUUACAUGUUUAAACAACCAUACCAGACCGACAUGUUUGUUUGGUAUAUUAUGUCUAUGUUCAUAAGCAUUUUGUUUUGAAAGACUCUGCUCUGUUUGUGUCUUUCAGAAUAGAGGAUGAAAGUAA